AAAUGUCUUGCUGAAGGACUGCCUCUCGCUCACGCGGUUGUAUUCUUUGAAGCUUUUGGAAAUAGGUAUGAUAUGCUCAAAACACACUUCUAAUUUGUUCCAUAAUGUGUUUCGCUGGGCUUCCAGUCAGGUGGUUUUCAAUAGUACAAAUAUACCAGAUAUAAAAGGACCAAGGUCUUUAAAUGCUGUUGCCGAGAAAACUCCACAACCAAAUAUUUUGGGCCAUCAUGUUAUUACAGAGGAAUGUUUGACUUCAUUGACGGAAGAUAAACAAUAUUACGAAACCCCCAUUCUUCAUUUGCUCUCACGAAGAAACAACGUGAUUGCAACACUAACUGAUUGUAAUGGACGAGUUUUAAAUGGCACUAGUUGUGGUGCUGAAGGUUUCCGGAACGCUCGUAAAAUGUCUACUGUUGCUUUUCAAACUGUGGGUAUCUCCAUAGGACUGAAGGCGAAAAAACUUGGGAUUGGGGCUGUGCGUGUUGUAUUUAAUGGGCUAGGGCCAUGUAGGUUGGUAAGUAUUUCCUUGCUUUUUGGUUAAUCUAAUAGCCUGUGCUCUCAGGUUUGAAUAUCUCGGGACUCAAGAUGAUCUCUUUGACGGAUGAUACAAAAGUUCAUUAUGGCCAUGGGAGAAGACCUAGAAAACAACGUAGGAUUUAAAAGGAACUUUCGCAUCCCUCCUAAUGUAAUCAUAGUAGUGGGAGUGUACAUAAUAUAAACCCUAAAUUUCAGCCUAUUUAUUUGUGAGUCUUCUGUGUGUAGUUACAAAUUACUUUUCAAGUUUGCGUUAAUGAAAUGUUGAGAGAUUCUAUUUACUCGUCGGAAUGUUAGUUAAACUGUCACAUUUGAUGUAAAAAUGCAUCGCUCCUAAUGAAGAUGUGUAUCUUAUCGAAAAUACCAGAAACUCAAGGCAAUUAAAAAGACGCUUAAUUAGUUCACUGUUCUAAGUUCUUCCCAAUAAAAGUUAACAUGAAC